CUGGUUGACUGAACCGCCGCCCGCGGCUGACGUGGUGGCUGCAGUCAGCGUCCCUGGGUGAGGGAUUUCGCUGCCCGUUUUCGGCCCCACUUGGCUCAAAAAACAGUGUUGAUGGCCAUGCAGGAGAAAUACCCAAGUGAGAGGAUCUCUCAUGUCACUUCACCAGGAUCCGGUGUAAUUCAAAAGGGCAGCUCCCUGGGGACUGAAUGGCAGACCCCAGUUAUCUCAGAGGCUUUUCGGAGUCGCUUUAGCCGCUGUUCGAGUGUAGCUGACAGUGGGGACACAGCCAUUGGCACGUCAUGCUCAGAUAUUGCAGAGGAUUUUUGUAGCUCGAGUAGCAGCCCUUCUUUCCAGCCCAUCAAAAGCCACAUAACCAUUCCAACAGCCCACGUGAUACCUUCUACUUUGGGGACCUCUCCUGCCAAGCCAAAUUCUCUACCUGCUGGACUCUCUUCCUCCAAACUCCCUUUGUCAGGGCUGGCUGAAAAUGUGGGGAUGACAAGAAAUGGAGACCUUGGUGCAAUGAAACGUUCUCCAGGCCUGUCUAGAGAUUUCACAUACCUUUGUGGUGCUACUGGAGAAAAUGGAAUUGAGCAGUCCUGGUUUCCAGCAGUGGGCCAUGAAAGAGAAGAAGAAAUGAGGAAGUUUGAUAUUCCUGGUAUGGAAUCUACCCUUAAUCAGUCGGCAAUGAUGGAGACACUAUAUUCAGAUCCCCACUACCAAGUCCACUUUCAUAACCCAAGAACUGACACAAACAAGGAGUUAUACAAAGUGUUGCCUGAGACCAAGAAGGCACCGGGCAGUGGGGUGGUAUGUGAGCGGAAUGGACCUCACCCUAAUAGCAGUGGAGUGCUCCCUUUGGGACUCCAGCCUGCUCCUGGCUUCUCUAAGCCUCUACCCUCUCAGGUAUGGCAGCCGAACCCUGACCCUUGGCACCCCCGUGAGCGAUCUUGUGAGCUCAGCACUUGUCGGCAGCAGCUGGAGUUGAUCCGUUUACAGAUGGAACAAAUGCAGCUUCAGAAUGGAGCCAUCUGCCACCAUCCUGCUGCUUUUGCUCCAUCACUGCCCACAUUAGAACCAGCACAGUGGAUCAGCAUCUUAAACAGUAAUGAACACCUUUUGAAGGAAAAGGAGCUCCUCAUUGACAAGCAGAGAAAGCACAUCUCUCAGCUGGAGCAGAAAGUACGAGAAAGUGAACUGCAAGUCCACAGUGCCCUUUUGGGCCGCCCUGCCCCCUUUGGGGAUGUCUGCUUGCUGAGGCUGCAGGAAUUGCAGCGAGAGAACACUUUCUUACGUGCACAGUUUGCACAGAAGACAGAAGCCCUGAGCAAAGAAAAGAUCGAGCUUGAAAAGAAACUCUCUGCUUCAGAAGUCGAAAUCCAGCUCAUCAGAGAAUCACUCAAAGUGGCGUUGCAGAAGCACUCAGAGGAGGGGAAGAAACAGGAAGAAAGGGUAAAGGGUCGUGAUAAACAUAUCAAUAAUUUGAAAAAGAAAUGUCAGAAAGAAUCAGAGCAGAACCGGGAGAAGCAGCAGCGUAUUGAGACCUUGGAGCGCUACCUGGCUGACCUGCCCACCCUGGAAGACCAUCAGAAGCAGAGCCAACAGCUUAGGGAUUCUGAGUUGAAGAGUACAGAGCUGCAGGAGAGAGUGACCGAGCUGGAGAGUUUGCUGGAGGAGACCCAGGCAGCCUGCAGAGAGAAGGAGGUUCAAUUGGAAAGCCUGAGACAGAAAGGAACAGAAUUCUCCGCUAGACAUAGCCUACAAGAUAAGCAGUGUGUGGAGGAGGCCAGUGGAGAAGGUCCAGCCCAACAGGGAGAAGGUCCAAAAGCGGAAAUGGAGUCCUGGCAGAAAGAAUGUGAUUCACUCCAAAAGAUUGUGGAGAAGCAACAGCAGAAGAUGGAUCAGCUGCAUUUACAAGUACAGAGCCUAGAGCAAGAAGUGGCUCAAGAAGAAGGAAUAAGCCAGGCCCUAAAAGAGGAGGCCCAACGGAGGGAGACAGCUCUGCAGCAGCUGCGCACAGCCGUGAAAGAGCUUUCAGUGCAGAACCAAGACCUGAUUGAGAAGAAUCUGACACUCCAGGAACACCUGCGCCAGGCCCAACCAGGGUCUCCAUCUUCAGACACAGCCCAGCUGGCAUUUGAGCUGCACCAGGAGUUGGCCAGUUGCCUUCAAGAUCUGCAGGCUGUCUGUAGCAUUGUGACCCAGAGGGCCCAGGGCCAUGAUCCCAAUCUCUCCCUGCUCCUAGGCAUUCACUCUGCGCAGCACCCGGGGACUCAGCUGGAUUUGCAGAAGCCGGAUGUGAUCAAGAGGAAACUAGAAGAGGUUCAACAGCUGCGCCGUGACAUCGAGGACUUAAGGACCACCAUGUCAGACAGAUAUGCCCAGGAUAUGGGAGAAAACUGUGUCACACAGUGAGGAAUGCUGGGGAUGGCACAGGUUUUGUUCCCCCAGGGAAGAUAUGGUCUGCUGAGAGCCCAGUCUGGCAGGUCCUGCCCUGACAAUCUCUUGCCUCCUGUCUGCUGCUAUUCCCAGAGAGAAGGGGUGAGGGGGUAAAAAUCUGGAUCUGGGGCCAAGGGCUGAUUAAGGAACUGUGCCUGCCUUGCCCCACACUGGCUUUGCCUUGUUGGAUUGCAUUUGUCCUGUCAUCCUGAUUUACCCUUUGGGGGUGAGUUAUUAAUUAACUUUUGCAGGUUGACUGAUAAGUCCUCACAGAGUGUUCCCAGCCCCAGGCUGAUGUCAAGGGUAAACAGGCUGCUCAGUUCCCUUUUCCAUCUUCUAGGAUGGAUCCACAUUCAUUCCCACUUCAUAGCUUGAUCCUGCUGAUGCCCAGAGUUCAGUAGAAGGGCCUUGAAAAGCUGAGUACCAGUCACAACGGCCAUAUGAGAAUGCUCAGGCUAGUAAGCCAACCUGGGAUCUGAGCUGACUUUCUGGGUAUUCUUAGGCCUGGUCUCACUGCUGCUUCCUCAGGGUGAUCUGUUUAUUAGCAAAGUACCCACUAGAAUUGGCCUAAGGACUAUGGCCAGCCCUCCUUCAUCUGUGCUGUCAUGUCAUUUUACAGGAUGCCCUACUCUCCAGCUGCAUCUGUCCCUUGGGGUCCCCUGUCCCUUGGGGUCCUGGCCAUGUGUUUAGCACAGCUCUCCUCUCUUUGGUUCUCCGGCCAGUCAGGUAGUCUCUUGUAAACUCUUUAUGGUUCUGGGUUUGGGCAGGAUUUUCCCCUAGAAUACCACAGAGUAACUGUCAAGUUCCCCACCUCAUUCUGGGGCUAGGGUGGGUGACCAGCCCUGAUUUGUGCCUCUCGUUUGGGGACAGGAUCCUUUCCCUUUCUUGCUUUGGGGCUUCUUGAGAGUUCAGAGUACCCACUAUAAUUUGGCUCUUAAGGUAUAGCUUUCUGUAUUUGCUGGGUUUUGUUUGGGGCCCCUGGACCCUGUGCUUUCUGAUUUCUCUUGCCUCAUUUAGGGAGCAUCUCACAACACAAUUGUUUGUAUCUGGUGGUUGGACUAGCCACAGGCCGCCUCUAGAUCUGGAACCAGGCCAAGCCAGGGGUUUGUAAGGGUAAGAGGAACCGUGAGCAAUUCAGGGGCCAGCUCUGUGAGUUUGUUGCUAAGCUUUGAGCUGUCAGAGAAACAUCUUGAACCUCAAUCUUGGGUCUGAAUGAGACUCCUUAAGUGUUUUUACAAUUUUGUGUCUUAUUUAUGGAAUGAUGUAUCCCUUCCAUUCAGAGCAGCCCCACCCAGCCAUCCUCUCAGCCUCUGGGCUCGUUCCUGCCUCCUAAAAGCAGAGCUGUCUGGUUGGUCUCCACCCUGUGUUGGGAGCCCAGCCACCAUGCUCACGGGUAUUUUUCCUCAAAGUUUAUAAGCAGUUAUUUAUAUGAAUCCUUGUUAUGUCAACUGGUUUGUAUUGCCUAUUUUGAUUAUAAAAUAAAAUAUUUAACAAAUU